GCCAGUGGAAAGAGCACAGCCUUAUGCUGCAGGCACCAUGCAAGUCCUCCUACUCCUCGCAGCUGUAGGGCUUUGCUGGGCACAGUACAACCCCAACACUCAGGCUGGGAGGACGUCUAUUGUGCAUCUCUUUGAAUGGCGCUGGGCCGAUAUUGCCCAGGAGUGUGAACGCUAUUUAGCUCCUAAUGGGUUUGGAGGAGUUCAGGUUUCUCCUCCAAAUGAAAACAUUGUCAUUACUAAUCCGAACAGGCCCUGGUGGGAAAGAUACCAGCCCAUCAGCUACAAGAUCUGCAGUCGAUCAGGAAAUGAAAACGAAUUCAGAGACAUGGUGACCAGAUGCAACAAUGUUGGAGUUCGUAUUUAUGUGGAUGCUGUUGUCAACCACAUGUGCGGAUCUAUGGGUGGCUCAGGCACCCACUCAACCUGUGGGAGCUAUUUCAACACUGGGAAUAGAGAUUUUCCCGCUGUGCCAUACUCUGCCUGGGAUUUCAACGACGGCAAAUGCCAUACUGCAAGUGGAGACAUUGAAAACUAUGGUGAUAUGUAUCAGGAUGUUAUUUCUGGACAAAAGGAAGGCAGUGCAUGUACUGGAAAGCAGGUGCACGUUUCCUCGGAUGGAAUGGCUAAUUUCCAGAUUAGUAACAGCGAUGAAGAUCCAUUUGUUGCAAUUCACGUUGAUGCCAAGUUAUAACUUCAUUCAGACUUUUUCUCUCUGCUGUUGCUCUGUGUGCUGAUUUUGCCAAUUUUGGUUCCCUGAUUUUCAAGAAUGAAUGAUUCUGUAUAUCCAAUGACUAAUAAAGAACUGCUAUCAUCCUUAAAAGUAA